GCCUCUGUUGGUCAUAUUGGCAAGUGCGGAAACACAGACAGGCAGAGCCACUAAAAACAAGUAGUAUCAGUUACAGAGUCUGAGAUAAUCAUGGAUGGCAGAGCUGGUUUUGAUGCUUCGAACAAUAAGAGAAACCUCUACACAGUGGUUGGUGUGACCCUCGGACUCCUGUGUAUCCUACAAGCUGUUCUCAACAUUUCCCUGCGUCUUGCUUUCUACGGAGACGAGUCCAAGAUGCAGCUGAAAACCUUUGCAGAUCAUUACACCCACCAAGGAUGGUUGUAUUUCAAUCAGAGUGUCUAUUACAUUUCUUCUGUUAAAAAUUCCUGGCAAGACAGUAGAGAUGACUGUCUGCAGAGAGGUGCAGAUCUGAUUAUUGUCAACAGCAAAGAGGAACAUGAAUUCACCAGGCUAUUCAGACAGUCCUUCUGGAUUGGACUGACUGACAUAGAGACAGAAGGAACGUGGAAAUGGGUGGAUGGAACUUUGCUGAGACAAAGCUUCUGGUUUGCUGGGGAACCCAACAGCAAUGAAGGAAGAAAUGAAGACUGUGGAGACACUAUGUUCUUUGUACAUGAAAACAGCUGGAAUGAUCAAGAAUGUGCCUUUAAACAUUUUUGGAUUUGUGAAAAGACGAUGGCUUCAUAACUCUGCAUCUAAACCCACUGGACUGAUAGCAGGGACAGUGGUUCGUUAAAAUGCAUAGACACAGAGACAGAAGCUGAUGUGUCUUGAUGGGCUUUUUUCAUGUCAGAAAUGUAUGUUAACAUAAUACAGGUUUAAAGAAUUAAAAACUAUCAUGAUUGAAUUCCCAUUAUCUGCAUUUAGGGUUCUGUUACAUAUGCUGGCUUUGGUUUUUAAACAGUAAUAAAUGUACACUGUAUUAACAAUGUUUUCACGUAUAUAUAAUAUAAUGUAGCUUUUGUUAAUACACGGUCCCUGUUGUGACUAAUGAUUUGCUUAUGUAUUACUUUUAAAGUAUGGCUUUGAUUUUUCUCACGGUGUCAAUAAAGCCUACACUGUGGAGUUGUGUUUACCACAGCGAUGAAUCACACGACUAUUACAUUUUGAUAUUGUAAGGCACUUUGUGCAAUAAAUGUGGUAAAAUGCUCUAUAAAUAUCAUACACUCUAAUUUCAUUUUUCAGUUUGGGAUUAAUAAAGUACAUCCAUUCUAUUCUAUUCUAUACAAUAUUCUUGUGGAA